AUGGAUUUCAGUUGCUUUCAGCCCCACGCAGGGAUUUGUGGUUACAUGCCAUUUGAUUCGUACAUGCAGCAAAAUGGACGCUACGAGAUCCAUCCUGUUGAUCAUCAUCCAUUUGAAGUUAUUGGGGACUAUACCUCUGGAGCCUUCAACGACCUUGGACACCAGUUCUUUGCAGAAAGAGAAAUCAAGAAGCCCAUAUUCAACCAUGCUUCACCAAUCGGUCAUAGAGUUGGAUCCCAACUGCCUCUGCUGACUCCCAAAACUGAGGUUUCUCAUCUCAUGGACAGUGGCCUUGGAUCAUAUAAGGCAUAUGAGAUGAAUCGCAGGUUUCUGCCAAGAAAGAAGACCUCUUUGAAGAAAGUAAAUAUUGUGAAAGGGCAGUGGACACCAGAGGAAGAUAGGAAGCUGGUGAAAUUAGUGGAACAAUUUGGACUGAGGAAGUGGUCUUACAUAGCACAACUGCUACCAGGAAGAGUGGGAAAGCAAUGCAGAGAAAGAUGGCACAACCACUUGAGGCCAAACAUCAAGAAAGACAUUUGGAGUGACGAGGAAGACAUGGUUCUGAUACAAGCACACAAGGAAGUGGGCAACAGAUGGGCAGAGAUAGCUAAGCGGCUACCCGGCAGGACAGAGAACUCCGUAAAGAAUCAUUGGAACGCAACAAAGCGAAGGCAGUUUGCACGGAGGAGGCGGAGCCGCGCUAGCUCGUCCAAGGGUCCCAAAUCAGGCACGCUUCUGCAGAACUACAUCAAAGGCCUUGGCUUUGGCCCAACCAGCAACAAGACCGUCGCGCUCGCGCCGCUUCCUGAACCUACACCAUUGCCAUCUUCUUCACCUGAAACUCCCGGAGCCACGAAGCCAGCAAAGACUGAUGAAAUAAAGCUGGAAAACAUACUGGAUUCCCAAGGCAUUCUUCUUCCAAUCAUGGAUGAGUACGUUUGCAGCGAGUCUCAGUCUUGCGAGGACCUUCUUGCCCCUCUCUGUGAUGGCUUUUCAGUCGAAAUGUGUGACGGCCUGUUCGACGUGAACGAGGGAGGCUUCCAAGUGUGCAGCGUGGACGACGACGACAUCGACAUGAACUACAUCUUCGAUCAUAUCGACCACCACGCGAUCAAGGUUGAUCCAGAGGAGAUUGACAUGGUGAUGAUGAUGAUGUGGGAUGGCAACGACGCCCUCGGGUGUACUGCUGAGCCUGCUGCUGGACCUGCAGCAGCUCAUGUCGAAACUGUGCAUGUGAAGGAGGAGAUGGACCUGAUUGAGAUGGUGGCAGCCACGCAGAACUGCGGCGAGGCCGGAAAUCUUCACUAG